AUGAGCAGAAGACUGUCUGUCGGCAUAGAUCUGGGAACGAGUAACGGCUGUGUAUACUAUCAGUAUUUGCAGCCCCAGUGUGACCGACUUAGCAUUAAUGGUUCAAGUCCGUUGGUACCAAGUGUUGUAAGUUACGGCGAUGAAAACCCAGUUGUCGGCGAUGUUGCGAAAAUUCAUCUGAGCAACAAAGUUAGAGGAAUAGGAACAAAGAAUUAUACUGUAAUACGAAAUUCCAAGCGAGUCCUGGGGAUAAAGUAUCGGGAUGAUUUGGUUGCUAUAAGAGAAUCUCUGUGUUUUGCCAAGACUGAAAAAGGAGCGGACGGCUUUGUAGAAUUUGUCAGUGAUGAUAAAUCGAAACGGUUUACUCCUGUUGAUGUUGCUUCCGAUAUUUUGAGGUUUCUCUGUGUAGAAGUGCAGAAGCUAGGCGGAAAAGUGAUUGACUCUUUAGUGGUGACAGUCCCAGCUCGGUUCAAUUACCGACAAAUAAUUUAUACAUAUGAUGCGAUUAAAAGAGCAUUCGAUAAACGCACCAAGGUGCUGCUCAUUGAUGAGCCAACAGCAGCAGCAGUAGCAAGCAAUAUCCUCUUGCAAGACAAGGAUACAACAUUUAUUGUUUAUGACCUGGGUGGAGGAACGUUCGAUCUUUCUAUUUUGAGGUACAGCAAUAACUCCAUCCGCUGCUUGAAGACUUCGGGAGAUGACUCCAUUGGAGGUGUGCUAUUUGAUGAGGAGCUUCGGAAAUACAUUCAGAAGGAUGAGGAUUGGAUCGCGUUUAUCAACAGUCGGAAACCAAAAUCAGUUAAACGCUCUGAAGAGAUUUUAUUAUCACAAUGCACGAAAGCAAAGGAGCAGCUUUCUCAAGCGACUAGCGCAGAAAUUAGUGUUGGAGACGGCGAUUUUACGUUUUCCUUACAGCGGUCUAUUUUCGACAAUGUGAUCAAGGACAUUGUACAAAGAACGAUCAAUAUCAUGAACAAGGCGAUAGCGGACGCAGGACUUGCUCGAGAUAUGAUCGAUCAAGUGAUUCUAGUGGGAGGAUCGACGAGAACAUUGCUUGUUCAAGAAAUGAUAAAGAAGAAUUUCGAUGGAAGGGACAUUGUUAUGCAUACGCUGGACCCUUGGUGUUGUGUAGCGCACGGGGCUUGUAUGAUUAGUCGUGCAUGGGAACAAAGUAAUUUCAAUGAAUCCCAGAUCAUCAUCAAUAACAAAAGUUUUGCUCUCGACAUCGAUCUUGAUGGAAUCUUCAGCAUCGAGCAAUUCCCACAAUUAGAUGCGCGACCUGAUUCGUACUCUUUCUCUUCAUCCACUCUUACAGUGGAUAAACGACCCGAAUCAAUUCGUUUCCCUACAUUACCUUUUAAAGGGAACACGCGUCCUGACUCAGUUCACUCCCCCACAUCCACCUUAACACUGGACAUGCGUCCUGAAUCAGUCCGUUUUCCCAAUAUGUUCUUAUCUCUGGAGGGCAAGCCAACCUCCGUUCGGUUCACAGAAGCGACGAUCGAGCAGUUAAAACAACUCUGUAGGGAUCAUUCAUCCAUUCUUUUUUAUCAUUUGUAGUUCCUUCAUCUGAGCCAAGACUCCAGCCUAUUGUUUUUAAUUGCGAAGGACAUGCCCUUUAUGAGUACAUCGAUUCAUUUGAAUUGGCUGAUACUCCUAUUACGAAAGGAUAUACAUCCACGUCCGACUAUUUCUGUUUGCGGCUCCGUUACGUGUUUGAUGGUGAAAAUAAGGUUAUUCAGAAGAUGGUAAGGAAGUCAAACAAAGACGAGGUCCUCAAGGUAACAUAUAGCCGAAUUCUUGAGCAAGGCAAGGAUUUAUUGAAAAUUACUGUAACCAACUUACAAGAUAUAGAACUAGAUAGCGAAAUAUUUACUCUUU